AUGACAACUUCCUUGGACCAGCUCGUCAAGGGCGCUCCAGUGCCUGAAGCCCGCGCCCCAACACCCGAGCCAUUGACUUCUACACAUGCUUCUUCCUCGCCACGGCCCUCAACCCCAGAUCCACUAGCCUCUCUCCCCUCUUCGCCACCCCAGAUCUACUUAAAUCUUUUGAUUCUCGAAGCGUCGCUCCGCGCACAGUACCUAGCUCUGCGCGAACGCCGCCGCCAAAACACGUUCUUCCUGCUACUCCUAGCAGCUUGGAUUGCCUACUUUGUAUAUGCACUGUUCCUCCGCCCUCGAGAAGAUGGCCGCGGAGUGGGUGGCUCGGUAUAUUGGGUAGUGGAGAUGGGAGAAAAGGUCGCCCUGCUUGGUGGGGUGGUGACCGCGUUGUUAGUAUGGGGAACAGGGCAGUGGGAACGUGGAAUACGCUGGCCACGACGAUGGCUUGCUGUUGCCAACCGCGGCCUACGCAACAUGAAUACUAAGAUCAUCGUGAUACGUGGGCCUUGGUGGCAAGAACUGCUGUCCUACGUCUCAUUCUUGUUCCCUUUCUCUGCACCCUUCUUCCCCUCACCUACUGGGAACUUUCAUUUUGUUGAACGCCAUCCCUCUGAAAAGCGCGGUAGUCGGCAGCACUACCAGCAAUACUACAACGGUGGUGACAGCGAGUCAGGCUUAGUGGAGGAAGACCUCAGUGCUGGUGGUGACUAUAUCCGCCUUUUGCUACUGCCUAAAUCGUUCUCCCCGGAAUUCCGUGAGAAUUGGGACGACUAUCGCACCGAUUUUUGGGAGAAAGAGAAUGAGCGCCGAACUCAACUCCGUCAUAAGUUGCGCGAGCGCGAGCGCCAGCUUGCUCAGGCCGAAGGUGGAUGGUUUUGGCGAAUUGGACUGGGCUGGCGCGCUUCGCAGCGCCGCCGUCUAGUCGCAGCGACCCUGCACCGGUCUCUUGAUGCAGAACCCAAAAUACGACACCAACAUCAAUCAUCCGUCUCGUCGCGACUCAACCAGGACCACCGCGCAUCUUCUCGCCGCCCUGAAUCUACCCAUUCCCGCACCUCGUCUUGCAGCCCCACUCCCGAGGACCGACCACCGUCCCGCUCUGGAUCCGGUCGUCCCCGCCGCGGAAGCACCACCCCAUCUAUAUCUGGCGCUGAGCAAAGCCCUCAGCAGCGGAAGCGAAAGGGCUCCAGGGCAUCACGGCGUGGCCCAUCGCCUCUCACACAGGCACAGGCCCGAGAGGGCGUGCGGAUGCCAUCGUUCUCUUCUGACGAUUCGGGUAUCACACCUAUGACUGAGAUUGAAAAAGACAUUAUACCAACUUCUGUAUCUUAA